AUGGCGUCCGAAUCAGUGUCUGCUGCGCCAGUCAGGGCAAUGCCAGCGCCAGUGAAUGUCAAGCUGUCGGAGCCUAUUACUGCAGCAGCAGUGACGCAGCCGCCUGCCGCUGCCACCAGCGUGCGCGUGCCCAGCAGCUCCUUCACCUACCGGCAUUUCAUGGGCGGCGCUGUCGGUGGAAUGACGGCCGCACUCAUUACGUCGCCAUUGGAGGUCGUUAAGACACGAUUGCAGAUCCGCGGCGGAAGUGGAUCCUUCGGCACCCAGACGACGUUUGGCGUCAUGCGCUCAAUUGGAAGAACUGAGUCGAUUUAUGGCUUGUGGAGAGGCAUCACGCCCACUUUGGUCGGCGUCAUCCCGGCGCGUGCUAUCUACUUCGGCUCGUACUCAACAUUCAAGGAGAGGUUUGCUAACAACGGCCUGAAUGGACGUUUGUACAACUUUUUGUCUGCUGCCGGAGCUGGAUCUCUCUCGGCAACUUUGUGCUGCCCUAUUUGGGUCGUCAAGACGCGCCUCCAGCUCAUGCCAGCACAUGCAUUGACUGGUUCAACGACCCGCCGAAACGUCUUGUCAGUGGGAUUUGCUGAAGUUGAAACAUCAGUUGCAUCAAAGGCAAGACCGCAGUUUUCAAGUGUCCGUCAGGUGGCUCUGGAUAUGUACUGGAAAGAAGGCCCACGGGCAUUUUUCCGCGGCUUGUCGGCCUCGUAUUGGGGCAUCUCAGAGAGUGCGAUUCAGUUCGCUUUGUACGAAGAGUGCAAGGACCACAUUGAAGAGCCUUCGAACCUCAAAUACUUUCUGACGGCUGGGGCUUGCAAGCUGCUCGCAUCGAUGUGCACAUAUCCCCAUGAGGUCGUACGAACACGAAUGCGAGAUCAGCGCGCACCAUUGGAUUCGAAGGAACUCAAAUAUAAAUCAAUGAUCCAGUCGAUCAUCAAGAUAUACAAGGAGGAGGGACGACGUGGACUGUACUCGGGCAUGCCUGCGCAUUUAAUGCGUGUGGUACCUAACGCAGCAAUUUUGUUCAUGGUGGUUGAAGUGGUCGCCAACACAAAGUAA